AUGUCGGGUCUCUACACAUACCCCUACCACUUCGACGACGACGAGGACAAAGCCCACUACCAAGCCAUGGCCAUGGGCACAUCAAAUCAAUAUCCUUGGGCUUACGACUCAAGAAAUGCCCCAACACUUCACAUGCCGGGUCCACAGGCCAACGAGACCGACAAAUUCAAGGCCAGCAUGUCUACUAUGCUCGAUAACGACCCAAAGAUGCACCAAUACGAGCCAAUUAAUGCAAUAUCCGGCUUCGAUUGGGACAUGUCCACCGAUGCAAGCAGCCAGUGGACUCAAUACUUCCACUCUACUGUGGACGACUCCCAGUGCCACCUCAACGAACUAGGGGAGUCAUCUGGCACAACUUCCGGAACCAAUUCAUCCCCUCCCGUCCCUGGGGAUGAAGAUCUAAACCUCUGGGGCGCCCCUGAGUCCCAAGAGAGCCAAGCCGAGUUCGUCACACAAGCGAACGAGAACUCGGGCUUCGACUUCAACCAGCCCCUCCCCAUUGACAACAAUGACUCGAGAGGCCUUUUCGGCUCUUCCGUGUAUCAAGGCGUGCUGGCUGAAGCCACCUCAUCGGCGCCCUUUCAACAAGGGGAGGGCCAAUUACGACAACCGGGGGCGGCCCAGCUCACGCUCCCACAGUUAACGAUGCCGCUAGAAGGGGCCCCAUUCCCUUCUAGCCAAACAAGCAACCAGUCCCAGGUGGCAACCGCGCCAUUGCCGGCACCUGGGCAAUAUCUCACAGCUCGCCCAUCCGAAGAACAGUACCCGACCCCAGAGUCGAUAUCUGAGGGUCACCAGGGGGCAGAGCCGCAGCCUCGGAGGAGGAAGCCGCGCGUCGUCGGCAAGAACUCGUGCGAGAGAUGCCGACGCUCGAAGGUCAGAUGCCUGCACACGCCGAGCAUGGAAAAGUGCAGGCGGUGCGAGGAAAAGGGCUUCCAGUGUGUCGUGAGCGGCGUCGACCACCGGACCAACAAGUCCGCCGGCGACGAACUGAACGAAGUCCUCAAGAAGAGCCACGCCUUGAUACAGGAAUCCGUCGCCCUUCUGUACCUCCUGAGCCACAGAGGGGCCAGAGACAACGAGAAGGAUCACUGGGAGGCUCGUCGUUUCUUCAGCAAAUCUUGGAACCCUACAAAGAUCCUCGAAUGCUGCGACAAGAGGCCUUCGGAGUACUUCCCAGUUGAAAACGUGCGCGAACUCAACAAGCACACGUUGCAGUUUGAGAAGUUGGAGGAGAGAAGGGCGGCGAUCAAGGAGGCGGACGAGUAUGGAAUAAGGGUCAUGAGGGCGCUCUACAACGUGUGCAUCCGCGUGGCGAGCAAGGAAAUAUCGGAGAGGGAUGUCGACCAGAUCUUGGGCGAUGCCAAGUAUGGCAGAUUUAGACACCAGGCCCUACAAUAG